AAGAGAUGAGUGUGGUUUAGUUUGUAAAUUGUGUUGACCUCUGUAUAGGCUCAAAUUUAGUCACAUUGUGCUUGUGCGUGACUUUGGAUUAGAUGCAUGCCUUUCUGAAUCAUACCAUACUGUAUCUUUUAACUUAUUUGAAAUUGGUCAAGACAAACAUAUAUUUGUUGGUUAGGCAAACUUGUGCUGGCAUUUGGUACUUGGUAAUAUUAGUCCACUAUCUGGUACUAUUUUAAGUAAAUGGAGAACACAUUGAAUAGGUUUGCACCAUCAUCUGAUCCAUCACUGACGAUCAAGUUUUAUGAGAGAACUCCUGAGCAGCAAGCAUCAUUGGGAUACCUUGUUGAUUCCACACAGAUUGAAGGAACUCGUGUUGACCCCCUUGAAGGGGGAGAAGGUGUGCCUACUGAUCAAGUAAGGACAGAACCACAUGGAUCAAUAGGGGCGACAGCUGGGCAUCGAGCCAUUGCUCAGAGUAACAGUGCAGAAAUGGCUGAAGCCUUGUUUCGAUAUACGGCACCAGAAGAGGUGAUGACUUUCCCAUCUACUUGUGGUGCCUGUGCUGCCAAGUGUGAGACUCGAAUGUUUGUCACCAAUAUUCCUUACUUUCAAGAAGUAAUUGUUAUGGCAUCCACAUGUGAUGUCUGUGGCUACCGCAACUCUGAGUUGAAACCUGGUGGACGAAUUCCUGAAAAGGGGAAAAAAAUUACUCUUUCUGUGAAGAAUAUCAAUGACCUUAGCCGUGAUGUAAUAAAGUCUGAUACUGCAAGUGUAAAAGUUCCGGAAGUUGACUUGGAGCUGGCAAGCGGAACCCUUGGAGGAAUAGUUACAACUGUUGAAGGUUUAAUCACAAGAAUUGGUGAAAGUAAGUAUCCUUUCUAUCAAUCACAUAAACUAAUGGAGAACACAUUGAAUAGGUUUGCACCAUCAUCUGAUCCAUCACUGACGAUCAAGUUUUAUGAGAGAACUCCUGAGCAGCAAGCAUCAUUGGGAUACCUUGUUGAUUCCACACAGAUUGAAGGAACUCGUGUUGACCCCCUUGAAGGGGGAGAAGGUGUGCCUACUGAUCAAGUAAGGACAGAACCACAUGGAUCAAUAGGGGCGACAGCUGGGCAUCGAGCCAUUGCUCAGAGUAACAGUGCAGAAAUGGCUGAAGCCUUGUUUCGAUAUACGGCACCAGAAGAGGUGAUGACUUUCCCAUCUACUUGUGGUGCCUGUGCUGCCAAGUGUGAGACUCGAAUGUUUGUCACCAAUAUUCCUUACUUUCAAGAAGUAAUUGUUAUGGCAUCCACAUGUGAUGUCUGUGGCUACCGCAACUCUGAGUUGAAACCUGGUGGACGAAUUCCUGAAAAGGGGAAAAAAAUUACUCUUUCUGUGAAGAAUAUCAAUGACCUUAGCCGUGAUGUAAUAAAGUCUGAUACUGCAAGUGUAAAAGUUCCGGAAGUUGACUUGGAGCUGGCAAGCGGAACCCUUGGAGGAAUAGUUACAACUGUUGAAGGUUUAAUCACAAGAAUUGGUGAAAGCCUUGAGAGGGUCCAUGGCUUUACUUUUGGAGAUAGUCUUGAUGAAAAUAGUAGAAGCAAGUGGAUAGACUUUAAAACAAGACUAAACAAGCUUCUUAGCUUAGAAGAAGCUUGGACUCUAAUUCUUGAUGAUGCAUUAGCCAAUUCUUUUAUAGCACCUGCAACUGAUGAUCUGAAAGAGGACAAACAAUUAGCAUGUAAGUUUUCCAGCUCUGACAUAAAUAAAGCUAUACUUUGUGUUGAUAAAGUUCACAUUUUCUGAGUUGAAUUUGUGAAUCUGUUUUUUCCCCUUUCCAUUUCUAUCGUUAUACCGAUU